UCUAUAUUUAUCUAAUAUAUACAGUUUGCAAUUUUCGAUUUAUUUGAAGUGGGGUCUAUUUCAGUAUUCGGCACGAAAUGUUCUUUCGUUUAUGUUUAGUCUGGUUACUUACAGAGUUUUCAAACAGUGAAAAUUGGACACCUGGAAUUAUAAAUGUUCAUACAGAUGUAACGCAAAUUUCUGGACACACAAAUCAAACAUUGAUUUACAAAACCGUUCCCGGGAUAUCCAUGCCAGAGUGUGUUUCUGAAUGUUUCAGCGGCGCGUCUUUUUAUUUUAUAAAGCAUAAUUAUACCUGCCAUUGUAACUCGUUUAUUGAUGAUGAUGGUAGUACAUCAAAAACUGGAAGUGGAAUUAUGUAUGGAUAUGUAUUGGAAGGCUUCAAGACGUUCACCUUCCAAAAUUUCAAGAAACUUCAUGUUCUUCCCGAAGAAAAAGAUUGUCUUGCACUGUUUGAAAAGGGUUAUAUCCAAGACGGUGUCUAUAUUAUUCAACCAGCCGGCGGGACAAGUGUAGAGGCAUGGUGUGAUAUGACAAAUGGUGGAUGGACUGUCGUGCAACGCCGCCAAGACGGAACAGAAAACUUUUAUAGGACAUGGCAAGAUUACGUUGAAGGAUUCGGAAAUAGAACUGGUGAGUAUUGGCUCGGACUUGAAAAUAUCUACGCAUUAACCCGGGUCCAGAGUUCUUUGAGAUUUGAAAUGGAGACGUUUGGAGAUAUAUUACCUACGUCUGCCUACGCAGUGUAUAAUACAUUUUGGAUAGAUGACGAAAGCUCGAAUUUUCAACUUCACACGAGUGGCUUCUCAGGAGACUGUGGUGAUAGCUUUACUGUUCAGAAUGGUUACCUGUUCACUACCAUAGAUCGGGACAAUGAUGUAUACAAUGACAAGAAUUGCGCAGUAGAAUUCGGGGGAGCAUGGUGGCAUAAAGCAUGUCAUCAAAGUAACUUAAAUGGACGUUACUAUGCUGGAAAUCAUUCCUCUUUCGGUGAUGGCAUUAACUGGGACACUUGUUGGGGAUAUAAUUACUCUGUCAAAAAAGCAAUGAUGAAAGUGAAAAGGAAUUAAAACAGCUUGAAAUUCGUAGUUAAUCCAAACUUAUAUAAUGUUAGUAAAAAAACGAACCAAAAUUUUAGACAGUAUUCCUUUAUGAUUACCUAUCAUCUAUAAUUGUUUCUAUAUAUUUUGAGAUGUUGGCAUUCCGAAACAUUUUAGAUUGAAGUUUAGCACGCAAUAAAAAAAUGUAGCAGUCGGAUUUAAUUGAACUGCCUACACAUGAUAGGUUAAGACAUUUGCAACAGCUUUCACGCCCCGUUCCACAGACUUCUGAAUCAGCGAAUAUUCUAUCAAAGUGAAACUGAAUUCCAAAGGAACAGAUAUAUAUACCUACACUGAGUCCACAGAUGUGAAUAUUCUUACAGUCGCUAGUCCCUGUUACCUUGACUCUGGAUUAUAGUCUUUGGCACAGUUAUUGACCCAGACUCCUUUGCCCUUUAGUUCGAAACUGACCUAUAUAAUUAUACCAUGCAUAUAGGCUUUGCAGUCUCUGUUUAGUAAAAAGGUAAUAUAUAUGUAUAUCAAAGUUAUAACAACGGUCAUAUAUGAAAUAUUGAAAUCUAAAUCUCGUAGUAUAACAAGUAUAAAGAACGAUUUUAAUUAAACUUUAACCACAGCCUGAUAACGAAACACCAAGUAUGGAGAGAAUAACGGACAAAACGCAACAGAUAACGAUAAGUGGACAAAAAAUAUCCCAACAAGUUUGAGAAAAGUCUUAAGCAUUACAUUAGAACGAGGUGCAAAAAAUCAGCUUAACAGCAAUAGCCUUGUGCAGUAAAGAAUUGUCUAAAGUUACAGUGAAAAACAUUGGUUGUAGAAAAUAGUGAUUUAAGCACAACUGACAUCAAACAAACUUCCGCAAAGUUUGACUUUACCUGCUGUAACUUGACACUAGCUUAGAGCUAUUGACUAAAAUCGAGUGCACAUAGAAUUAUUCUAGUAUAUAUGACAGGGCAGUGGUGAUUAUGAGAGGUAAAGUGUUUAUGUGUAAAGAAUCAAUAAAAGACCCUUAAAGUGCUGAGGAAAGAAAAAUGAAUCCCCGAGAAAACAGCAGAUCAUUAGUAGAUAAUAUUGGAAACUAAAUCAAAUAAUAUUCCGUUUUCAGUUAGUUCCAGAUGGUUGCACUAGCUGUCAUAUCAAGGAUCAGUUCUUUGGAAUAACUAAUGACACAGUGUAUUUUGACCUUUGGUCUAUAUUCUGCAGUAUUAUAUGAAAUAUAUAGUUUUAGUAAUUAUGUUUUACUGUGAUAGUAAAUGGCAUUUAGUUUUCAAGUUACAUGAAAACUUUACAUGUAAGUGUAUUUUGUUUAAUAUUUGCUUUUUUUUUUGUUAGCGUUUAGUUUAUUACGGCUCUUAAACAGUUCCUAAAAAUCAAAAUACCCUUUUGCGCGCCAAAGUUUGAAGCCAAGAGAUUAAUAUACUUGUUAUAGUAAUAAAUUCUAUAGUUUGGUAGCCUAAACUUAAUUCAAACUUUAAAAUGAAUUGUUGUUCAAGUCCUUUUUUAUUACACCAUCCCACCGAAUUGAAUAAAAUUUAACAAAAUAUAUCCAAACCGAUGAUUUAAAAAAUAAAAUAAAAUUAUCAAUCUGUAAAUAGUAGCAAUACUUUUCAUAUCAGCUUCUUGAUUUCUUAGUUUUGUCAGACUACUUAGUUUAUGCAUAUUUAAGAUUUGUUAAUACAGGAGAUAGAGGAAGGGUCCACAUAGAGCACCAGACUGAACUUGAAAUUACAGUUUCUGAUGUAUGUGCCUGCGUGCGUAUGUGUGUUAUUGACAACCUUUCGCUGAAAAUGAUAAUACAAAAUCGGAACUCUUAAGUACUUCAUAGUAUAGCUUUUGUAACGUCAUGACGUAUUUCCUUUCUACGGACGUAAUUUCGACGAGCUUUGUUUAAAUGCGCUACUGCAAGAAGAAAAGUACUGUAAGCAAGUCAGUUUGAUAUGUUUACUAUUAUUUUUUUAUAUUACAUGCACGCAAAGAAAAGGUUUUUACCUUCUACCAACGCCAGAUAUACUCGCAGCAAUAAACAAUAUAUAGAUUAAUAGCGUAGAACUCUAUCAAUGUUGGUAAGAUUGAUACGUAUGGACGACACAGAUCUAUAAAUUAGGCUUAUUUUCGGUCCAAACAGGAGGGAUAUUUCUUUGUGCGUAUGCAGUUUCAAAAUUAUUAAAACUACUUACAUACAAAGUGUACCUUGCCUUAAUCAUUUGUCUUACCAAUGAGCGCUUUUCCGAAGAACUAAGUGGCUCUAGUUUGUACUAGUUUUCUCACGUAAUCUAUUCAAAAGUUGUACAUGUGGAAAGUAGUGAAGUCUGUGGCUUCAUGUUCCCUGCAAAGUCAAAUACUUGGAAGAGUUCUUUUCAUUGUAUCAGCAAUAACAGUGCCGAAAUAAAUCUCUUUGUAGCUCUGAUCAAGACGAAAAUGAAAAUUAUAAUACGAUACAUAUGCAAUUAAUGGUUAAAGUACACAGAAAACGUUGUCUGUAUUUGAGC